AUGACUACUGAACUUCAGCUAACUACCAGACAAAUCUCGGUUUUCUCGGAGGAGUACAAAAAGCGCCGGAAACAGCAAAUGAUGCGAUUUUUCGGCGCUACCGUAUUCACGCUAAUUUCUGCCCGUCUGGCCUUCAGAGGAGUCCAAUCUCGGAAAUAUGUCCCCAACAUGUUUCAGCUCAACCACAAACCGCCACUGUAUUCUUUUCAAGGUGAAGCCGUCAGUGCUCUUGCCUUUGGAACCGGACUAGCUACAGGCUCAUUUGGAAUGCUGGUGUUUGGGUCUUGCUGGCUAGCCGAUAUUUCAUCGCUUGCUGAGUUCACCGUAAAAGUGAGAAAAUUGAUGGGAGAACCUUCAGCCCAAGAUCUGGCCGACCAAACCAUCGACCCGGAAACCCAACAAGUGGCAAAGGCGCUUGAAGAUCUCCUCGAAAAAGCAAAGCGCUAG